AUGCAAAGCCGGGCAGAAACAACUGCGAAUCCGUCAGAAACGGACAUUGCUAGCACCUACCAAGGCCAAGCGGCACAACAUUCCUCAGUAACUGAUGCUGCAGGGUAUGGGCCAUCGGAAACCUCAACUUCGGACGUUGAAGCAGAGGGUACACAGACACCAGGAAUAGCGGCGUGGAAUACAAAAGCAGUGUCAAGUACCAAUGAGCCGAUAAAAGCGGCUCCAACACCGUCCACCGCCGUUAACAACUAUGAGACUUUGGCGUCAACUUCGCCUUCAACUUCUAUCCCUGCAACCUCGACCACCAACAUCGCAAACAACGAAGCCGGCGCGUUAUCCAGUAUUUCUGACUCGACCAAGACCAAACUGGCUAUUGCAUUGCCAAUCGCUAUCGUCGGUCUCUUGGUUAUCUUUGGUGGGAUCUUCUUCUACGUCCGCCGAAGACGCCAGCGCAGUGCACCGCCUGCGUACGACGUCGCCGCCAACCAAAGCAAGGUCAUUUCAACCUCCGAGCUCAUGGUCGUUCCCAAAUUUGUGACACCAGAACAGACAACCCGGUAUCCUGCACUGGACGUUCCCAAUAACCAAAUCCAGGAUUCGAGACCCGGAUCUUGGACCGUUCUAUCGCCAGAUGAUGCAAACACAGAGCCGGGACUUGCGGUUGCCGUUUCUGUAGAUCAACGGAUGAGUGCGACAGAGCACGACAUGCGAGGCAUGACUGGAAGUUCCCCUGCAAAUGAGAACAGAAGGUCUGCUGUUCGUUCGCCAUCCCAGAACCAGCGUGAAGAAGAUGCCGUGUCUGUGGUUUCGGAUCUGAACGAACGCAGGAGUCAUGAGGAGGAUUUUGAUGAUAUGUCUUCAGUAUCAUCAUUCAACGAUGAUAAUCCUCGUGGCAACCAUAAUACCCGCUCCUCAAGGUGA